UGCCUUGCAUACAUAUCUCGGCCGCUGCUGCUGCUGGCUGCAUCUGAAGCUGCGCCGCAUCUCUCUAUGAUCCGGAUUUUGAAACUGUUUUAACAAAGUUGCAUGUUAGCUAACUAUCUUAAGAUUGGACAGUCAACAUCUCUCAGUAUAUUCUUCCGCACAGAGACUGCGCCCGCACGAUGCACGGCAUUCCUUGUGCGAGGAGUCUAAACUCGUAACUGUGCUCCAGCACAGAAGUUUCUGCAGUGUUGCUUCUUUGGCUUCUUUUCCGGAGACUCUGCAUAUCGCUUCGGUGUGUGUGAGCGGCUGUUGAGCCUAGUUGUCUCUUCCUAAUUCUCAUCCACAUACGCGUAUACACGUAUUAUAGCGAACGGAUACAUUGUACACUUGUGAACCGGGCGUGUGAUCCAUCUUUGGGCGUGCUGCUGCGGCCGGGCUGACUAUGAGGUCAGGUCCGCUCCAGGAACCAGCACAAUGAAACGCCAUGUCUUGCAAAGGAUUUUCGGGAUGUCGCAGUUUAUGGCCUCACAUAGCGUGAUAUUUUGGAUUUUUUCCACGAGUUUUUUAUUAUCCCUGUAUUCGGUAAAUGCCCAAAACCGAGAUGAUUUCGCGUACGGAAGCGGUUAUCCCGGAAAUGGCCGGGCAGAGUACGUAAGAGACUGCAACGGCCGGGAUUGCUCCGCAUGCGGAUGUUACGGUGAAAAGGGUUCCAGGGGUCCGCCUGGACCCAUUGGACCUGCAGGCGAACGCGGUCUCCAAGGUCACCCCGGUCCGGAAGGACUUUCCGGCUCGAGGGGCGACAAGGGUGCCAUGGGCUUUCCCGGUGCAAUGGGGCUGAAAGGAGACAGAGGACGGACAGGAGUUCCUGGAUUUCCUGGUAUCAACGGAAUUCCGGGCAUUCCUGGUCCGCAAGGUCCAAGAGGUUAUCCAGGAAGAGACGGGUGUAACGGCACGGAUGGUCCACCUGGACCGCCUGGUCCAGGUGGAAAUGGUGGUGGCUACGGUGCGCCUGGUCCACAAGGACCGAAAGGUGAUAAAGGUGAAGCCGCGAUUGUAUUUCCUGGAGCAAAGGGCAUAAAGGGCGAUGAAGGCGCUCCUGGUCAACCAGGCUCUCCCGGUCAACCGGGAUAUGAUGGUCAAGCGGGACCGCGAGGUGAUGCAGGAGAGCCAGGAUUACCGGGACAACCGGGACCCCGUGGCCUGCCGGGCGUUGCCGGAGGAAUGGGAAUCGGUGUACAAGGUCCCAAGGGAGCCAUGGGUGAAGCUGGCCCUCCCGGAGCACCGGGCGUCGGGUGCUCGGAUCGUGGUGAACUGUGGGCUUAUAACAGUUCCUGUAUUGUCAACCCUGGUGCACAGGGCCCGCGUGGAGACAAAGGUGAACCAGGUACACCGGGCACACGAGGAUUUGAUGGUCAACCCGGUCAGCCUGGUAUUCCCGGUUCACCGGGACAGACCGGCGAGAAGGGUAUUCGCGGUCCAGUGGGUCCCCGAGGCAAAGAAGGUCGCCCAGGUCAACAAGGAAAUUACGGAGCUAAGGGUGAUAGCGGUUUCCCUGGUAAUCCCGGAUUACCCGGACCCAAAGGCGACCGCGGCAGUACGGGUGACGCCGGAUUCCCAGGUGCCAAAGGUGAUCGUGGUGCUCCAGGUAUUCCGGGUGGAGCAGGAAGGGCAGGACCAGCCGGACCACGGGGGUUAACUGGACCGAAAGGAGAUAGAGGAGCCCCAGGAGAAGAUGGUCUAUCAGGCCUUCCCGGUGGUCCUGGCCAAAGAGGGUUCCCUGGCGGCCCUGGCCUUCCCGGUAUUCCUGGAGCAGAAGGUCCAGCAGGAGUCAAAGGUGACAAGGGAGAUCGCGGUUUCCCCGGAUCGGCUGGUCUGUCCGGCACUCCAGGUCGUCCUGGUGUCCCUGGGGCCAAGGGCGAACCUGGAUUCAAAGGAGAGCCUGGUCUGCCAAUUCGUGGUCCUCCUGGCUUGGAUGGUUUGCCCGGAAAUGACGGUCUUGUUGGACCAAAAGGUGACAUGGGUCCAAAGGGUGACAGAGGAUUCCCCGGAGACUCACCCGAUGCCAUCCCCGGCCCACCAGGAUCACCUGGAGCGAAAGGUGACAGAGGCCCCGGUGGUCCUCCCGGCCGACCGGGCUUGGAUGGUCGAAUCGGACCCAAGGGAGACCGAGGUGGAAGUUGUCAAGACUGCCAGCCGGGCCAGAAGGGUGAGAAAGGAGACCGUGGGUUCGAAGGACGCAGUGGUGGCCCGGGUGAACGAGGUGCUCCUGGACCAGAAGGUCAACUCGGUGAACGCGGUGAAGAUGGUCUCCCUGGCUUGCCUGGAUUAACUGGCGCUCCGGGUAUUCCGGGAGUUCCAGGAUUUAAGGGAGACAAGGGUGAUCGCGGCUUGGAUGCAGUUGUUUCACCGGACGUCGCUCGUGGUGCUUCUGGACCAAAGGGUGACAAGGGUGACAUUGGUUUCCCUGGCCUGCCAGGACCGCUCGGUCAACCUGGUUCGGCUGGAGCUCCCGGCUUGUCCGGACAACCGGGAUUGCGCGGUGCCAAAGGAGAUCGUGGUUUCCCAGGAGCCCCGGGCGCUCCAGGAUCUCCUGGUGUGCAAGGUGCUACCGGUCCUCGAGGAGCACCUGGCAUUGGCCUGCUCGGCCCACCGGGCACACCUGGUGACAUGGGCUUACCUGGACAAAACGGUUUUCCCGGAGCAAAGGGAGACAAAGGUGAACCGGCCGAAAGAGGCGCACGUCCAGAAAUUUUGAUACCUAAAGGCGACCGAGGCGAGCCGGGCGCACCUGGACAACCUGGCACACCAGGCCUUCCGGGAUUUAAAGGUGACUUGGGACAGCCCGGACUGCCUGGCGCGUUUGGUCCUAAAGGUGAUCGUGGCUUACCAGGCCAAUUUGGCGCUCCCGGAGAACGCGGUCUUCCCGGAAUCAGAGGCGACAAAGGUGAUCGUGGUGGUCCUGGCAUGCCAGGUGCUGGCGGUGCACCUGGUCAGGACGGUGUUGUUGGAUUGCCCGGACCCAAAGGUCACAAAGGUGAUGCCGGACGAUCUCAAAUCGGUCAACCUGGUCAACCCGGAACACCGGGUGGACCUGGAGCGAAGGGCGACAAAGGACAAGUAGGCUAUCCCGGACAACCAGGCCUGCCCGGCGCCACUGGGCCAAAAGGGGACGCCGGCCGGCCCGGUCAAGAUGGAUUACCUGGUUUAAUGGGUAUGAAAGGUGGACGCGGUGAGCCCGGCUACGGUGUUCCUGGCCCACAAGGUCCCAAAGGAGAUCGUGGUCUUAACGGCCAGCCAGGCUUGCCUGGAGCAAAAGGAGACUCCGGAUUCCCCGGACAGCCAGGCAGAGUCUCGGCCAAAGGUGACAGAGGUGAUGCAGGUCGACCUGGCCAACCUGGAAACGCAGGAGCGCCUGGAAGCGCCGGCUCGCCUGGACUACCCGGCGCCCCCGGUUUGCCUGGUGCAGCAGGUUUCAAGGGAGAUGCUGGUGCACCCGGUAGGCCUGGAGUUGGAGGCGGUCCAGGACUGCCUGGUCUUCCUGGACAAAACGGUGCGAAAGGUGACCGAGGUCUACCCGGUCGAGAAGGACAGUCCGGCCAACCAGGACUGCCUGGCGCCAAGGGAGACGGUGGAUUCCCUGGUCAACCUGGUGCCAAAGGUGAACCCGGACAAGCCGCUCUUAUGGGACCAAAAGGCUUCAAAGGUGACUCUGGACUGCCCGGUGCGCCUGGACUCCCUGGUCAGCCAGGACUGCCAGGCCAAGCUGGAAUCAAAGGCGACGCCGGAAUUCCAGGACAGGGACAACCCGGACGACCUGGUCCGUCUGGAGAACCCGGUCUUCCAGGCGGUGCUGGUGCUCCCGGAGCUAAAGGAGAUCGAGGCAGCGCUGGCCUGCCGGGUCUGCCCGGAGGUCGUGGAUACAAAGGUGACGCUGGCCAGCCAGGCAUACCCGGUCAACCAGGCCUUUCGGGAGUGCCAGGUCCAAAGGGUGAUCAGGGCGGGCCCGGGGCGCCUGGCUAUCCAGGUGCCAAAGGUGAUCGCGGUCAAGCUGGAUUCCCGGGUAUUGGUGGCGCAAAGGGAGACGCCGGAACCCCUGGAACUCCUGGUCUACCAGGACAACCAGGAUUUUCUGGCGCGAAGGGAGAUAGAGGCUUUGCUGGACAGCCAGGUCUUCCGGGUGGCGAAGGAGCUAAAGGGGAUGCCGGACUACCUGGUGGUCCUGGAUUCCCCGGCGCAAAAGGCGAUCGUGGCAUUCCUGGCCAGCCUGGUCUUGGUGGCAUUAAGGGUGAUGCCGGUCUACCUGGACGCGAAGGUCAACCCGGAAACGCCGGCCUACCUGGCCAACCUGGUUUACCAGGCCAACGUGGCCAGCCAGGUAUUCCGGGAGCUGCGCAGCCCGGACCAAAGGGUGACGCAGGUUUAGCUGGUCAACCUGGUUUACCAGGACAAGCUGGAUUUAAAGGAGAUCGAGGUGCCCCUGGUCUUGACGGACAGCCCGGUGCUCCUGGUAUUCCAGGCAUCGGACGACCCGGCUUGCCCGGACCGAAAGGUGACAGUGGACUUAAUGGAAUGCCGGGUGCGCCUGGUCUGCCAGGACAGCGCGGUCAGCCGGGUCAGCCUGGAUUUGGCGGGGCGAAGGGAGACAGAGGUUCUCCUGGUCUUCCUGGAACAGCCACUCAGAUUGGACCACAAGGGCCAAAGGGUGAUCGCGGAUUAGACGGUGCUCCGGGCUUGCCAGGCGUGGGUGGUGCCAAAGGUGAUCGAGGUAUUCCCGGACUUGGUGGUGUCCCUGGCAUCAAGGGUGACAGAGGAUUCGCUGGCCAACCUGGACAACCCGGCUUCCCAGGUCAAAACGGCCCUAAGGGUGACAGAGGUGCCCCCGGCGCACCAGGUAUCCAUCGUGAUGCGUUGCUAGGACCUAAGGGAGACCGCGGAGUGCCCGGAAUGAGAGGACUUGAUGGGCGUCCGGGAGGCCCAGGAAUGCCAGGAUUACCAGGUGUGAAGGGAGAUAUUGGACCACGUGGUUCGGACGGUUUGCAGGGACCACCUGGCUUGCCGGGAGGCCGCGGAAAUCCUGGAUUAAUGGGAUCUCCAGGAGAACGCGGCAAUCCAGGUCUACAAGGGCCUCCUGGUGUUCCUGGAGCUCCGGGUGGUGCUCUUUCGUAUCAGACCGGCUUCUUGCUUGUCCGUCACUCCCAAUCGGAAGCCGUACCAAUGUGUCCCAGCGGUCUCACACAGAUGUGGACUGGCUACUCUUUGCUGUACAUCGAAGGAAACGAAAAGAGUCAUAAUCAAGAUCUUGGUGGAGCUGGUUCGUGCCUGCAGAGAUUUAGCACGAUGCCAUUUAUGUUCUGUGAUGUGAACAACGUGUGCAAUUAUGCCUCGCGAACCGAUAAGUCAUUCUGGCUGAGUACCACAGCACCUCUUCCGAUGAUGCCUAUAGACGGCAACGAACUGCAGCAGUACAUCAGUCGCUGCGUAGUAUGCGAGGCACCGGCCAAUGUUAUUGCCGUGCACAGCCAGUCUCUGGAUGUGCCGGAUUGCCCAUCCGGAUGGAGAGGUCUAUGGAUUGGUUACAGCUUUGCAAUGCACACUGGCGCUGGUGCCGAAGGUGGCGGACAGCAACUUGCCAGCCCUGGAUCUUGCCUUGAAGAUUUCCGAACAACUCCUUUUAUUGAAUGUAACGGCGGUCGGGGUACUUGCCAUUACUAUGCGAAUGAAUUUUCGUUCUGGUUAUCAACUGUGGAUGACAACAAUCAGUUCGGUCGACCGGAGAGUCAAACGCUCAAAGCCGGAAAUGUCCGUUCUCGUUGCAGUCGGUGUCAAGUCUGCCAGCGCAUUGUUUAAAGAUCACUAACACACAAAAGAACAAAAAAGGACGAAUUGCUCAUUCUUCUUUUCUACUACAAGAUGUCAGUGCAUUUAUGAUAAUGACACGAUUGCAUUUGUCGGUGCCGUGUUAAACGGUGCCCAGGAUGGUCAACAAAGAUCCUAAUUGCUUGGCGGGUUAGGUUUUGGAUUCAAGUCAUUUUCCGGUUAAACACUGCCUUUGUUUUGUUUAGAUUACGCCUUUAUUUGCUCUUUUGCUGCAGUCACUCAUCUCUUUGAUAUUCUCGCAUUUACAAAAUUUUGUUUGUCUGCGACUUUUUUGCGCUCUUGAGCUUUUAUAUCGAGACAAAGAUUUGUGUAUUUGUUAUGUUGUCCAGAAGAUUACUUAUUGGC